CAUUUCCAUGACGUCACCAAAGUGCGGGUUUGGAGGAGUACUGCGGUGUUCAGGGCGCAUUCGGGACAAGGCCAGUGUUUUAUCAUUCCAGGAUCAUCUUCUUUCAGACUCACAAAGCCUCCACAGCAUCCUCUCUCAGUGCGCACAGGAGGGAAGAGAUGGAGCAGCAUCCAUCCUUCUUCUCCUCCUCCUUCUCCUCCUCACGUUCUUCCUUUUCCUUACUCAGCUGGGUUUAUUAAACUCUCUGUGCGGGAGAACUGCAGGUCACAGUUGAAGAUAAAGGUUCAGCUCUCAGAACAUGGUCAAAUGAAGAUAAAAUAAACAAAAAAAUAAAAUAAAUAAGAAAAUGAAGGAGUGAAGGAUUAUAGAAUUGAGAAGCGUUACAGCUACACGAAUGCGGCAUUCUGAAUAAAUCCAGCACGGACAGUCAGUGGUGGCAUCAUGAUGCAGGUUCUGAUUGUGUUGCUGAGUUUUUUCUCUCUGCUUUUCUCCGCAGAUGCCAUCAAGCCGAGGUUCUUUGAGCCCAGAAUCUUUGACAAGGAGGCCACAGGUUUUGGACCCAUAUUUGAGGAGGAGCCAUUAGACACUGUAUAUGCUGAGGAUUCUCCUGAGAACAAAAUCUCCAUGAACUGCAGAGUGCGAGCGAAUCCAGCGGCCACUGUCAAAUGGUGGCACAAUAACUGGGAGAUUAAGCUGCUGGAACAGCCGGAUGAACACUACAGUUUAGUGGGAGGAAACCUGGUAAUCACCAAUCCAGACAAGAGUAAACAUGCAGGAAAAUACGUAUGUGUGGCCAAGAACGUUUAUGGCACAGUCAUCAGCAAGGAGGCCACUGUGAGGUUUGGAUUUCUGAACCAGUUUCCUACUGAUGAGAGAGAGAGUGUGUAUGUUAAAGAAGGUCAGGGGGCUGUGCUCCUGUGUGACUCACCAACUCGCUACCCAAAUGAGGUGAUGUACCGAUGGAUCUACAAUGAUUUUCCCAACUUUAUUAUUCCUGAUCAGAGGCGCUUCGUGUCUCAGACCACAGGAAACCUCUACAUUGCUAAAGCAGAGCUCUCUGACAUCGGGAACUACUCCUGCUUCGUGUCCAGCCCUACCAUAGGCAAGAGUGUCUUCAGCUCCUCGAUCGCUCUGGUGCCAGAGGUGGAAAAGGAAGUUAAACGAUAUCCUGCAGACAUUCGAGUCCGAUUUCCCAAGACAUAUGCCCUCGUAGGGCAAAACAUCACACUGGAGUGCUUCGCUCUGGGAAACCCUCUUCCACACAUUCGCUGGAGGAAACUGGAUGCAGAUCUGCCACCCAACUAUGAGGUGAGCAUGAACGGUGCUCUUCUCCACCUUAUCAAUGUGCAGUACGAGGAUGAGGGCAGCUACGAAUGUGAGGCUCUGAAUGUAAAGGGCAUGGACUGGUACCGCCAGUGGCUUUAUGUGGAGGGUGCUCCAGAGUGGGCAGAGCACAUCAACGACACAGAGAAGGAUGUUGGCAGUGAGCUGACCCUCUCCUGCACGGCUGUGGGAAAGCCUUUACCAUGGAUCCGCUGGCUGAAGGACGGAUACUCGUAUGGAAAAGGGGAGCUGAAGUUCUCCAGUCUGACUUUUGAAGACUCGGGCAUGUAUCAGUGCAUCGCUGAGAACAACUGGGGAACCAUCUACGCUAAUGCAGAGCUACGUGUGGUCUCCUGUGCACCCACAUUCAUCUACAACCCAGUCAAAAAGAUUUUACUGGGAGCUGAGAAUGGGCGAGUGGUGAUCGAGUGUAAACCACGAGCUGCUCCAAAACCGAGGUUUAUUUGGAAACGUGGCUCUGAAACCUUCUCUAACUCGUCACGUGUGUUUGUUUGGGACGAUGGGAGUCUGGAAAUUCUGAACGUGACGAAGGCAGAUGAUGGAUUUUACACGUGUUUUGCUGAGAACGAUCGAGGAAAAGCCAACAGCACAGGGAGACUUAGCAUUAAAGAGGCAACUAAGAUCACUGUAGCUCCAGCAGACAUGGAGGUGACUGUGGGUGAGAGUACACUCCUGCAGUGCUCAGCUUCAUAUGAUCCCAGCUUUGAUAUCACCUUCAUCUGGUCAAUGGACUCGUACAUCAUCAACUUUGCCACUGACUAUGAGCACUACGAGCAGCUGACAGAUCAUGAGUCCAGUGGACACCUGCUGAUUAAAAACAUUCAGGUUGGACACGAAGGACACUACGUCUGCACGGCACAGACCAUCGUGGACAACGCCACUGCUUCUGCUAACGUCUACGUCAGAGGAAGGCCUGGUCCUCCAGGAGGGGUGCGUGUGGAGGAGAUUAGAGACACAUCAGUGAAGCUGGUUUGGAGUCUUGGCUCAGAUCAUGGUAGUCCAAUCACCCAGCAUGUUAUUCAAACCAGAGACUCCUUCGCUCUAGACCCUGAGGACUGGAAAACUGCAGUUACGUCUCCCGAGUUCUUGGAUGAGAAAGCCAACGCGGCCACGGUCAUUAAACUGUAUCCUUGGAUGGAGUAUGAAUUCCGGGUUUACGCCGUCAAUGACCUGGGAGCAGGAGACUGCAGUGUUCCCUCCAUCAGGAUUAAAACCUGGGAUUCCAUUCCCACCACGGCUCCCACUGAUUUAAGUGGUUAUGUCGGCUUGAACGGAGAGCUCAUAGUGACUUGGACACCCAUGAAGCCCCAGUACUUUUUUGGCAAAAAGUUCGGUUAUAUAGUGGGGUUUAAGCCUCAUGAGGACUACGAGUGGACAUGGUCAACUGUGGCUGACCCAGAGGCGAGACGCUACGUCUACAAGGAUGGUAUUAUACCUGACACUGAGAUAGAAGUCAAAGUGAAAGGUUACAACAAUAAAGGAGAAGGACCAUACAGUCUGACCACAGUGGUGUUUUCAGCUUCCAGUGCUCCCACAGAGGCACCGCUGGAUGUUUAUGCUCGCCAGGUGACCUCCACCGAGGCUCUAGUGUGGUGGCUUCCUGUUUUUCAGGUUCCUCCUCACUGGGUGGACGGCUACCAGAUUCGCUACUGGAGGAAAUAUGAUGACAACGAGGCUGCAGCCUCUCGUGUUCUGGUCCACAGCUCAGUUAAUCAGACUCGUUUGGAGAACAUGCGACCCGACUCACACUACCUUAUUGAGGUGCGCGCUUACAACGGAGCUGGACUUGGACCACCCAGUGAGCACUGUGAGAUGUUUACCAGGAGACCACCGCCCAGUCGUCAUCUCAGAGUCUACAAAUAUGUUAGUUUUACACGCAAAUGGCUCUAUAUCUACUGGGACCACAUUUACAACUACUGGAAUGAGUCCUAUGUGGAGGGAUACAAGAUUUUGUUUAGGAAGGAAGGAGAGCGGUACGGGAAGCUCUACACCACUGGCAGGCACUACAUCGACUUCCCCAUGCCUGAGACAGGAGAUUAUGUAAUCGAGAUCCGGGCUCGGUGUGAAGGAGGAGAUGGACCAAUAUCACAAAUACAAGUGCAAGGGACGGCCAUCCCGAUCGCUCAGCCUCUCAGUGCUGGAGCUCUGCUGCUGCUCGUGUUGGCCUUCAUGAACCUGGACCUUUAGGAGACCACAUUGUGACUCAGCUAAGAGCAGUGCAGAGUGUAGAGAAACCCAAAACCUUCUCCCAGUGCUCCAGCCCACAUUUCUUCAGUUCAUUGUGUAAUUAGUUAUAUGUUGUAAAAACUUCUAGAGAUCAGAUUAAAUCAGUAUUAAAGCCAUAUUGGUGUUAGAGAUGAGACGAUAUAUUACUCAACAUAUCACCUCCAAGUUUCUGUAAUAUUUAUUUAUAUUUAAGGGAUUAUUUAAUUAGUCCAAAUUAUUGUAAUUUUUUAUUUAAAUUUGCCCAUUUUUCCUUUUCUGUUCAUUUAAAAAGGUGUUUUUUUUAUCUGAUCUGCGUACAGCAGAUUAUAAUGUCUAUGAAAUCUGUGCAAAUUAAUACUAGACAUGGGCAAAAAUCAUUAAUCAACUUCUCACAUUUUAAACUUUCUUUCAAGCUGCAAUACAAAAAAACAACCAACCAAAAAAAAACAAAAAAAACCCCCAAAAAUCCUUAAAAAGAACAAAUAAUUCUGAGGAAACAAUGACCCUGAUUACAGUACAAAAAGGAGCGUAUUCCGAUUCCAAUUUACGUCUAAUAUUUACAAAAACAUAAUGUACUCACCUUGUCCAAUUUUACAAUAUUCAAAGAGAAUUGUUAAUUGUAUUUGCAAUUGUGUUUUCCAUGUGUGCACACAAAUUGUGACAAUCCUCUUAAUCUGUAUCUGUAUGAGUUUAUACACUGUACUGCUGCUACAUGAUUUAUAACUGCAUGAAUAAGCAGAUGUUCCUAAUAAAGUGGCCUGUAAAUGUUUAAUGCAA